GGCGGCGUAGGCGGAGCUCGCCGUCCGUCCGUCGGUCCGGGCGGGAAAGGAGGAGGGAGGCCGGCCGGCGGCGAGGGACGGAGGGAUGGCUCAGCAAGGGGCGGCCCUGCAGGGCUACAACAACGAACUGGUGAAAUGCAUCGAAGACCUCUGCCUCAAGAGAGAGGAGCUGAACAAGCAGAUCCGGCAGGAGGAGGAAGAGAAGGCCAAGCUGCAGAACGACAUCCGCAUCCUCACCGAGCGGCUGGCCCGCAUCAAUGAGAACCUGGCCCGCAAGAUGGCCUCCCGGAACGAGUUCGACAAAACCAUCGCAGAGACCGAGGCGGCUUACAUGAAGAUCUUGGAAAGUUCUCAGACGCUGCUCAAUGUCCUGAGGAAGGAAGCCGGGAAUCUGAGCAGAGCCACAGAAUCUAAGAACCCUGCAGCCAAAGAUGGCUGAAUGUUGUGGCUGGGUUUCCCUCCGUUGUUGGCCUUCUCACUCCAGGAUCUUCUAGGGGCCAUGUUUUAUAGCUAAAGCAGUGUGUAAUAAAGCAAUGUACAAUAAACACUAUUCUGUUUUCUUAAA